AUGCAGCAAGAACAUGCUUGGGGAGCUGCAGAGCUGACAAAACCGGUGGCCAACAGAGAUAUGUAUCGGAUGACGGUCAAGCAGCAGCCGAGUGAGGGCCAAGUGUUGUCUAUUUCAAAGCGUACUAGUGUCAAGAAACCACAGAACGACAAGGUCGCCCUCGACCCUCCUGUAGUGAUCGAACUUUUGGUCUUCGACGAUGAUCCAACCAGAUCCUGGCUCCACAGUCCAUAUCUGUUCUGUACGGCCGAGCUUGUGAAUCUGGAUGACAAGCAAACCAGGUCCGACACGCUUUCUGGAACGUUGACAUCGUCACUCCAUGUGGUUAAAAUGGGUGACGGAAAACUCCAUGGAUACUUCGUAUUCGGUGAACUCACUCCGACCAGCCCAGGAAAAUUUUUCCUUCGCUUCUCGCUCUUCGAAAUGCGCCGCAGCCAAGAUGCCAUGUUUGCGCAAAUGCUCAACUGCGUCGCUGGUAUGACAUUCGAAGUCUAUUCCCGAAACAAGUUCGCUCCUCUGGCCCAGUCUACCGAAUUGACGAGAUUGUUGAGUGAAGGAGGUGUGAAAAUCAGAGUUCGAAAAGAGCCGACGCGUCGAUUACAAAGAAACAGAGCCAACUGGGGAUUCCAAGGAUUCUUCGGAGGUUAUGGCCAAGCUGUACCAGCCUCAGUGUAUGGACAACCUCAACCAUAUGCGCAACCUGGCGUGCAGCAGUGGGGUCAGCACGGGAACACGACUUAUAACACGAAUAAUGCGGUCGAUAUUAGAGAUCGCUUGAGUGUUCAACACAACAGUAUGACGGCGCCAUGGCAAGGUGGCCUGCCGCAGCACGCUCCACUGCCCAUGACCCCGCCCAUACCACAACAACAACAGCAGCAGGAGCCUCAACCUCUGCAUCGACUUCAGCAUACGGCAUUCUUGCACGACAUGCAACAGCAGCCAGUGAGCCAGCCUCUCCCACCUUCGCAAAGCUCGUUGUUGUUGCAAGAGACACAGCAAAUGUUCAUGCUACCGCCGCCGCCACAGAAUCAGCACCAACAACAGCAGCCGAGUUCUUUCUCGCCUCUCCCGCAGAUUCUGCCACAAAAUUUCAGUAACCUUCCACUAGCAGGUUAUACUGUGAGAGAUGCUGGGGAAAGUCGCGCGGGAUAUUCUACUGCUGCACAAAGCCAACAGUAUUAUGCCACAAGCUCGGCCAAUACGAUGCCACAGUUCACAGUGGCGGGUGAUCAGAUGGCUUAUACAUCCUCGUCCGACGGGCAGUUGAUGUAUUCCACCACGCUAAAUAACCAGAUGGUACCCACGACUUCGCCGGGGACCGAAUCGAGUCAAGGCGCAUCUUCAAAUGGCGUGGGCCAACAACAAUAUCAAUAUCGUGUCCCGGAUUUCGACACUUUGCAAGAUCCAUUUGAUCCAAGCUCUUCACUGGGAGGAUUCCUCUAG